AUGAGUUCUGUCGUGCUGGAACUGUUCCAGUAUUUAUGCUGCUGCCGUGGCUUUUCCGAUACAACUAUCAGAGUGAAUGAUAAACGAUAUAGAAUACAAAGAUUACUAGGAGAAGGUGGACUGUCGUUUGUAUAUCUGGUACAACUAUUGAAGGGUUCUCUCAUUAUGGAAAAUGGUGUUGUUGCACCAGAACUAUAUGCACUAAAAAAGAUUAUUUGCCCUAGCGUAGAGAGUAUUUCUAAUGGUAUGCGAGAAAUAGAGAACUACAAGCGAUUUCAAAGCCCUUAUGUCAUUCAAAGCAUUGACUCUCAAGUAAUGCAGGAGAAAGAUGGCUCAAAGUCAAUUUAUAUAAUAUUACCCUUUUAUGCAUUAGGGAGCUUACAAGACUCGAUUAACCGGAGACUAUUGGAAGGUACUUUUAUAUCAGAAGCGGAAUGCGUCAGGAUAAUGCUUGGAGUGAUAAGAGGUUUGCUUUGUUUACACGAUCCGGCAUCGAGACAGGAUAAUACCAAUCCCAGAACAACUAUUGAUACGGUAUCUAUGACUUAUAGUGACGAAACAGCGUUUCUUUUAGAAGAUACUCCUUUAGAAAUGGAUAUGCUUUCUUCUAGUUUAGGUGCUUCAAUUGCAUACGCACAUCGCGAUAUCACACCUUCCAAUAUUCUAUUUUCGUCAGACGGAUUGCCGGUCAUAGGUGACCUCGGCUCUUGUUCUCAAGCUGAUAUAAUAAUUGGAAACAGGAACCAGCUCAGAGAGCUACAAGAAUGGGUAAACGACAACUGCACAUUACCAUACACGGCACCGGAACUUUUGGAUUUGAAAUUGAAUCAGGAAUUGGAUUGUAAGGUGGAUAUAUGGUCUCUGGGUUGUACGUUUUAUACUUUAAUGUUUGGCAUUUCUCCUUUUGAGCGAGAAGAACAAAUACAUGGCGCUUCUAUAACUUAUGCUAUCAGUACUGGCAAGUACAGUUUCCCAAGAAAUUCUCGAUUUUCUGAGGGACUUCUGAAUGUGAUCAAGAAAUGCAUUCAAGUGGACCCCGUACAAAGACCUACCACCAGUCAAUUGUUAAAUGCUUUACAAGAUUUGGAGAGUUGA